AUAAACGUUUGUUAGGAGUAAAACUACUUAAAAGCUUAAAUGUUUUCAUGAUUUUCAGCGCAGCCCUUUAGGAGCAUGAAAUAUUUUAUCAACUUCCAACUUAGACUUCAGUCGUGUCCUAACGUCUGUAGAAGAUAGACGUGCACGGUGUUUAAAUUCAACUAACUCGUUACAGUACGCAAAUACUGUGAACAAUUUUCUUCAAAUAUAACUCACCCAGCUUUAAGCUUUCCAGUGGUUAUUGUGUUAGUUGGAUUCAAUAUAAAUUUUCCUGGUUCAAAACUUCCUGCGGAUUUUACUUUUUUUUUCAGACAGGAUUUCCGAGUGAACUGUGCUUGCUUUAUCACCAUGAAUGUUGACAGAGUUGACGGAUAAGGAUAAUGUCCGCUAUGCAACCAAGUCUAAAUCAUCCAUCAUCAAGAAUGAAUUUAAAGAGUAAGCAUGUAACAGACAAACAAACAUACAAAGCUAGAUUACAAAAUAUAGGUUGAAGAACUGAAGGACUUCAUAUGAUCUAAAUGACUUAUUCAACAAAAAUAAGCGCUGCUAGUCGCAGGCGCCGACUAUGUUCGACUCGACUAAAGGCGCAUUGCUGGUAGCGCCGUCUCUCUCUAACAGCUCCUGUUGGCCCAACGGAAAAGGCUGGCCCACAACCUUCCCGGCAACUGAAGACAUACUGAAAGCGUUUUUCAUAUUCGCCUUAUCUAUGGCGAUUGUUUUUGGCAAUCUUGUUCUUAUUUGCGUGUUGAACAAUCGAAGGUACAUCAAGUAUAUUGAUAAUCAGCCCAGAUAUCUUCUGACCUCAUUGGCGCUAAACGAUCUAUUUACGGGGAUCCUAAUUGCCCCCGUGGCCCUUCUGCCCGCGCUUUACAAGUGCUGGCCUUACGGAGAAAUAUUUUGCCAGAUUCAGGCACUUCUGAGGGGCGCAGUCAGUCAACAGAGCGCUGUUAUUUUAGUUUGUAUGGCGAUAGACAGAUAUUUAUAUUUGCUACAUCCAAAUACGUAUCAUAAACAUUCUAGUAAAAAGGGUUGCGUAUUAGUAAUAAGUACCACUUGGAUUUUAUCAGUAUCUCUAUUUGCUACUAUGGUUUUGCCACGGUCUGGUUACUAUUUUAACUCAACGGGUUUGAUGGCCUGCGAUGUUUUUCACAGCAGAAUUGCUUUCAGAAUUCUGGCUUGCUGCGCUUACUAUUUUCCAACAACAAUGGCGUUGAUGUACUGCUACGGAUCAGGCUUUCACGUCAGCAAAACUAGAAGUAAAUGCCCGUCAGAUACAAGGCCCAAUGGAAUCCCUAUUUCUUGCGCCAAAAAUAAUCGCAGUGAACAUGAAACUAUGCAAAUUCCGACUCCAGUAAGACCGCAUAGCGUAAGCACGUCUCGCACAAUGGCUGCAAUGUCUCUAGGAUUUAUUGUAAUGGUAACUCCAGCCACUAUUCAAGAAGUGGUUGCAGCGUGUACGGGAUGCAAGGUGCCACCCACUUUAGAUUUUCUCGUCACCUGGUUAGCUCUAAGUGAUAGUUUUUGGAAUCCUUUCCUAUAUUGGCUAUUAAAUAGUCACUUUAGAAGGAUAAGCAAUGAGCUGCUUCAGUAUUACAUAUGCUGUCGGAGAACGAAAUCAUUUCAAAGCUAUGAAAAACCUGCGGGUUGUUGUGGGUCUUCAAUUACAUCAGAAGGUUUGCAUUCAAAGGGUGAAUUCGAAGGACUUGGUGAAAAGUACUGGGGAGAAAUUUUAGAACGAACAGUCUCUUCAAAUUCACUUCACGCAAUUCAAAAAUGCCACAGAGAUCACAUGCGAUGCACAGGAUCAUUUAAAGGCUACCAUAGUGGUACCUGUAAACACAAUUCAAGAUUCUUUGAUGGAUAUGGACUAUCUGAUUACAGACAAUUGGAUAGAUCCGCAUUCCAGAUAGAACCAUGCUCAAGGCAAUGCAGAAUGAAGACUUCAGACUUCUGCCUAUUUAGACAAGAUUCGGGUCUUGAAUGUGGUCGGUCUCGUUCUAAUCUUAGUUUAGAUGAAGGAAACUUCAACAAAAUUUGUAAUGGCAGGCAUCCAGAGUUGUGA